AUGGCUGAAGAGCCGGAAGUGUUGUGGAGUGAGCUUUCCUUUACGGAGGAAGAGGGUGAAGGUGUUGAACUGGGUAGCAGCAGUACUAGAGCUGCAAAGGAGGUAGGUAAAAAUUGUGCUAUCAUGAAGAUAAUGACACAGAGAAGCAUAAGCUUAGACUCCUUGAGAAAAAAUUUGAGAAUGUUAUGGAAAACUAACACAUGGGUUAACUUCUCUGAGUUAGAAGCAGAGUUGUUCCUGGUGGAGUUUGGAGAUGGGAAAGAUAAAAAGAAAAUUCUUGAUAUGAGCCCUUGGAGUUUUGAGAAACAAUUGGUGAUUAUUCAAGAGAUUGAAGGUGAGCUAACUCCAAAGGAGAUGGAGCUAAAAUGGUCUCCCUUUUGGAUUCAAAUUUUUAACUUACCUCUAAUGAGCAGAACAAAGGAAACUGGCUGGGCGAUUGGGUCCUCUUUGGGGGAGGUUAUAGAGGUUGAUGUCCCUGAUUCAGGUGUGCACUGGGGGAAAUGCCUUAGGGUACGUGUCCGGAUUGAUGUUACAAAAAGACUCAUCCGGGGCAAAAAAAUCACCAUCGAAGGAGGGGAGUCCAGGUGGGUUCAGUUUAAGUAUGAGAGACUCCCAAAUUUCUGCUAUUGCUGUGGACUGCUAAGUCAUGCUCUUAAAGAUUGUCCUGCAUCUUCUGCUAAGGGCCAAACGACUGCAGAAGGUCUUCAAUAUGGGGCAUGGCUGCGUGGUGACCCAUUCGAGAGGUUCCAAAAAGAUUCAGGUAGAGACGGUGGAGGUGAAUACCAGGGAAGUAGGGGUGGAGUCGCCGGAACGAGGCUGGAACAGACACGUGUCCAGUUCGAUGAGCCCAAGGAGAAGACUAGGGAUGGUGGGAAUCUCGAGACGGAGUCUAUACCCAUAGCUUGUAGUAGCUCGGGUGAUGGCGCAGAUGGGAAAUCAGAAAAUAAAAAUCCCACUAAGAGUGAUAGAUCUCCUGUCACAUACAGCUCUCAGUCCGAAGUUGUAGAGGAGAUGCAGUGGGCAAAAGUGCAUGAUCGGGCUUUGGGGAUGGCGCCUAGUGAGGUAAAUCCCAUCUCCACGCCUAAUUUUCCUAUCUUUUCUUUUGUAUCUGAUCUCUUAGGAUCUGAGGAAGAUAUUCCUCCGGGUUUUGAGGGUCAACAUAGGAGUGUAGGUGUUGUGACUAAGGUUAGUGAAGAGGUUGAGGGGUCUAAGAGUAAUUGUGAGCAUUUGGACCAUAAGUUUCCUGAGAUUUUAUCCGGCCCUUCAAAGGGGUCAAAUGAGCCUUGUGUUGAUCCUACUUGA